AUGGCAUUUUUCAAUAGCAAAAGCACAGAGAGUAUAGAAUAUAUAGACGCCAUACCCGAAAAUUAUAAAACAAAGAAACAAAAGAGACUAUGGAAAAUCAUUGCAGCCAGUAUCGCUGCUGUCAUCAUCGUUGUUAUCGUCAUUGUUGUCGCAGUCGUUGUCACUGACAACAAGAAAAGACAGGAUGCAGCCAAUACACUCGGCAACAGUGCAAAUAAUAAUUCUAAUUAUCCAGUUUCUCCUUAUUCCCACAUGACACAAAUUGUAACAAAUAAUGAUACAUCACUUCAACAAAAGGAACGUAUAUUUGUCAUUGGCGACAUUCACGGGUGUAUCGACGAAUUCAAUGCACUUAUAAACGCAUUGAAUUAUACUGAUAGAGACCAGCUCAUCUUGGCGGGUGAUUUAACUUCAAAGGGACCAGACAGCAUAGGUGUCAUUCGACGAGCAAAAGAAUUGGGCGCUCUCUGUGUCCGUGGUAACCAUGAUGAUAAAUUAGUUCGAUUCAAGACAUUUGAGUUAGUUAACGGCCAAGGAUCUAUGGCUCCACCCAAGGCUGUGAUGCCAGAAGGCAGCGUACCUGAUCCACUUAAAUUUAGUAACUAUCAUGAGCCAAUUGCAUUAAACAUGUCCAAAGAAGAUUAUGAUUAUUUAUCGUCCUGUCCUGUCAUCCUUCAUCUUCCAUUCCUAAACAAUACUAUCGUGGUUCAUGGCGGCCUUGACCCUAGCAUUCCAGCACUCAAGGAUCAAGUUCCUUAUUUAGUUAUGAACAUGCGUGAUAUAGACAAACACAACAUACCCACACGCGACAAAGUAGGCACACAAUGGGCAGUCGAAUGGAACUCGUAUCAAAGGAGUUUGACAGUAAAUAACACAAUGAUCUAUUAUGGACAUGACGCCGGGCGGGGAUUGAACCUACAACAGUACACCUUUGGCGUAGAUACCGGAUGUGUCUAUGGUAACCAGUUGACAGCCAUCAACAUCAGAACACACGAGCUCACUCAAGUCAAGUGUGCAAUGCAUUACUCCAAUGGAGGCGAUGAGGACGAUUAG